AAUGUGCCGUUGGAAUCGUCCCGCCAACCACUGAGGGCAAAAGUGGCUUGGGGGUGGGGGCGGUGGUGGUGGGGAAGGGUGGAAACUGACGUCUGAAAGUUUUGGGAAUUAAAUAUUCCCAUAAACCUCCUCGGAUGCACAGUCUGUGGGGACAAAGGCUGGAACUCCGAGGGAUCGUAUCUUCAACCAGUGAGACCAAGAUAAAGUCUUUUUAAAGUUAAGAAGCGAGGACGACAUUGGGAAAUGUACCGUUGCUGAGAUUCCUGGAAGUUGAGUGUAUAUGCUAACGAUCACAACAGUUAGAAGCAAGUUCCGAAAAAUAAGUCAACCAAUACACAGCUCCGAGGAAGUAAACCAUAUCUUAAACACCAUGAAUGAAACCAUUGUGAUACCAGCUGUGUGCCAUUUUACGAGGCUGAGCCAAAACAGUUCUAAUAGCAAACAUGCUUCUCCUUGGUUCUCAACUGCAUUUGCAGCUGUUGGACUUAUGUCAAACCUGAUCGCUUUUGUGGUGCUAAUAAGCGCUUACAGAAAAGCACAGAGCAGAUCAAGAUCCUCCUUUUUGAUUUUCCUAUGUGGCUUGGUUGUGACAGAUUUUUUAGGUCUUGCUACAACUGCAUCUAUUGUUGUGACUUAUCAUCAUUUGGAUUUCAAGUGGGAUGAAGUUGAUCCUCAGUGCCACCUUUGCCGGUUUUUGGGAUUUUCAAUGGUGUUCUUUGGACUCAGCCCUCUGUUGCUUGGGGCAACCAUGGCAGUAGAACGAUUUUUUGGAAUAAACAAGCCAUUUUUACGUUCUACCAAUUCUUCAAAACGACGUGCUUGGUGUACUGUGUUUAUAAUAUGGCUGUUUUCCUUUUGUGUUGCAUUGCUUCCCAUUUGUGGACUUGGACAUUAUACACACCAAUGGCCUAAUUCCUGGUGCUUCUUUAACAUGACAAACAGCCCAGGCGAUGUUGGAUUUUCAAUAUUGUUCUGUAGUGUGGGAUUGUUAUCUCUGGCGGUGUCUGUUUUCCUGAAUACAGUCAGCGUGGUUACACUGUUCAAAGUUUGCUUCAAUCGAUUAAGUGUUGAAAGGAGCAGAGACCAUGAAGUGGAGAUGAUGGUACAACUGUUGGGUAUAAUGGUUAUUGCAACAGUCUGCUGGACGCCAUUGUUAGUACUUAUCCUCAAGAAAGCUUUUACAGAUACACCAAAUGGCAUAACCCUGAAACAAAUUCUAGUUAUUUGCAUUCGAAUUGCCACAUGGAACCAGAUCCUUGAUCCUUGGGUUUAUAUAUUAUUCAGAAGAUCAGUUUUGAGGCGAUUCAACCCAAGUCUUCGAGCAAGGCCUUCAAUUUCAUCAUUAUAUCCGACUAUAAACGCAUCGUAUAGUCGACGAUUUACACAAGUAUCAAUGGCAACCACAUAAUCUGUUAUUGCAGCUGAAUUCAGCAGGGGUGCCACCAACCUAGACUGACUUGUACUUAACUGUGAAGGUGUAUUUUAGAUUACAUUAAAGCAUGCUUAUCUAAAUAUUCGUCAAUCAUAACAUGGCUUGGUACCCUGAACUUGACUUUCAGAAUUAUGCACGUUAAAUGAUUUUUACGUCAGCCUAUAUUUUUUAUAUAAAUGCAUUCCCUUAAAAUCUGGUGUACUGUAACGUAUAUACAAGGCUAUAGUGAAUCGGCUUGCAAUGCAACCAAGAUUCCAUUGUUUCCAUUUAUACCAGCUGAAGUUCAAUUGGCUACUGAUAAUUUCUUAAAUAUGCUGGUUUAAAAUAAAAUAUAUUUCAAGGGUUUUGAGACAUAAAAAUAAACUUAUUGAACUACC